AUGAGGCCCGUUAAAGUGAACAAAUUCCAUCUCUGCUUAAAACUCAGGGGUAAGAAUAAAGAAGAAUUCAAAAAUUAUGGGCUUACUGAGGCAUCAGGAGGUGUUGCUGGUGCUUUUUCCCUUCUCUUUGUCUAUUCAUUGAACUAUGCUCGUACACAUUUAGCUAAUGAUGCUAAGGCUGCAAAGAAAGGAGGAGAAAGACAAUUCAAUGGUUUGAUCGAUGGCUCAUUACCAAUGAACGAGGUUGCUAAGUCUCUCUUUAAGGGUUCCAGUGCUAACAUUCUCCAUGCAGUUGUAGGUGUUGCAGGUGAUGGCGUUCUUGUUGGUUAUGAUAAUUUACAGCUGAUUAUGUUUUGGAAGAAGUAUGGAUCUAGUGGUGCUUAA